AUGGCCGCGUGCGGCCUGCGACCCCGGCUCCUCCUCCUCAUGCUGCUGCCGCUGCUGCUACUGCUGCUGCCGCCCCCCACAGUCCGUGCCUCAGCCUCCGACCGGGACCGGCCCCGGGGCGGGAACGUGGUCAACCCCGAGAAGCUGUUGGUGAUCACCGUGGCCACAGCAGAAACAGAGGGAUAUUUGCGCUUCCUGCAGUCUGCAAAGUUUUUCAACUACACUGUGCGAACCCUGGGCCUGGGACAGGAGUGGCGAGGGGGCGAUGUGGCUCGGACAGUUGGUGGAGGCCAGAAGGUCAGGUGGCUAAAGAAGGAAAUGGAGAAGUAUGCAGAAAGAGAGGACAUGGUCAUCAUGUUUGUGGACAGCUAUGAUGUUCUUCUGGCGGGCAGCCCCUCAGAGCUGCUGAAGAAGUUUAUCCAGACUGGCAGCCGCCUGCUCUUCUCCGCAGAGGCCUUCUGCUGGCCCGAGUGGGGCCUGGCGGAGCAGUACCCCGAGGUGGGCUCUGGCAAGCGCUUUCUCAACUCCGGUGGCUUCAUCGGUUUUGCCCCCACCAUCCACCAAAUUGUCCGUCAGUGGAAAUACAAGGAUGAUGAUGAUGACCAAUUGUUCUAUACUCGGCUCUACCUGGACCCAGGGCUGCGGGAGAAACUCAGCCUUAAUCUGGACCAUAAAUCCCGGAUCUUCCAGAACCUCAAUGGGGCUUUAGAUGAGGUGGUCUUAAAGUUUGAUCGGAAUCGUGUAAGGAUCCGGAACGUGGCCUACGAUACGCUUCCUGUAGUGGUCCAUGGAAACGGCCCCACGAAGCUGCAGCUGAACUAUCUGGGCAACUACGUCCCCAAUGGCUGGACGCCCCAGGGGGGCUGUGGCUUCUGUAACCAGCAUCGGAGGACUCUCGAGGGAAGCCAGCCUGCGCCCCGGGUGCUCCUGGCCGUGUUUGUGGAGCAGCCGACCCCGUUCCUGCCCCGCUUCCUGCAGCGCCUGUUGCAUCUGGACUACCCCCCCGACCGUGUGGCGCUCUUCCUACACAACGCUGAGGUGUACCAUGAACCGCAUGUCGCCGACGCCUGGCCACAGCUCCAAGACCACUUCUCAGCCGCGAAGCUGGUGGGGCCGGAGGAGGCGCUGGGCCCCGGGGAAGCCAGGGACAUGGCCAUGGACCACUGCCGGCAGGACCCCGAGUGCGAAUUCUACUUCAGCCUGGACGCCGAUGCCGUCCUCACCAACCCACAAACCCUGCGCCUCCUCAUUGAGCACAACAGGAAGGUGAUCGCCCCCAUGCUGUCCCGGCAUGGCAAGCUGUGGUCCAAUUUCUGGGGGGCCCUGAGCCCCGAUGAAUACUACGCCCGCUCCGAGGACUAUGUGGAGCUGGUGCAGCGGAAGCGAGUGGGCGUCUGGAACGUGCCCUACAUAGCCCAGGCCUAUGUGAUCCGCGGGGACACGCUGAGGACUGAGCUACCCCAGAGGGACGUGUUCUCAGACAGCGACACAGACCCCGACAUGGCCUUCUGCAAGAGCCUGCGGGACAGGGGCAUCUUCCUCCACCUCAGCAACCAGCAUGAGUUCGGCCGGCUCCUGGCCACUUCCCGGUAUGACACAGACCACCUACACCCCGAUCUCUGGCAAAUCUUCGACAACCCUGUGGACUGGAGAGAAAUAUACAUCCACGAGAACUACAGCCGCGCUCUGCACGGGGAGGGCCUGGUGGAACAGCCCUGUCCAGAUGUGUACUGGUUCCCGCUGCUCUCGGAGCAGAUGUGUGACGAGCUGGUGGAGGAGAUGGAGAACUUUGGCCAGUGGUCAGGAGGCCGGCACGAGGAUUCAAGGCUGGCUGGUGGCUACGAGAACGUGCCCACCGUGGAUAUCCACAUGAAGCAGGUGGGCUACGAGGACCAGUGGCUGCAGCUGCUCAGGACCUAUGUGGGGCCCAUGACCGAGAACCUCUUCCCAGGCUACCACACCAAGACCCGGGCCGUGAUGAACUUCGUGGUCCGCUACCGGCCAGAUGAGCAGCCCGCGCUGCAGCCCCAUCACGACUCCUCCACCUUCACCCUCAACGUGGCCCUCAACCACAAAGGCCGGGACUAUGAGGGAGGCGGCUGCCGUUUCCUGCGCUACAACUGCAUCAUCUCGUCCCCGAGAAAAGGCUGGGGGCUUCUACACCCAGGCCGCCUCACCCACUACCACGAGGGGCUGCCCACGACGCGGGGCACGCGCUACAUCAUGGUGUCCUUCGUUGACCCCUGACACUAACCACGCUGCCAAACUUGCCCUGCCAUUGUGCCUUUUUGGGGGGCCCUGCCCCCAUCCUCAGAGGGUUCUAUCCGUCUCCUGCUUCCUGACCCUGAGUCCUGUGUGCCUGGGCCGAGACGCCUCACCUCCUCCCCAUCUCUGGCCCUUCAGGAAGCUCCUGGCAUCCCCUGCCCUCCCCACCACAGCCGGGGGGGGGGGAGUUCCAGGGGGCUCCCCGUGUAUUAAGUUAUUACAGUUUUUCAGUCUCCCUCUCAAUAAAGGAGAGUUUGUAAGUGGUGA